AUGUCUUCAGGCUCCUUUCCCCUACCAAACUUUCCCUCGCCCCUGUCGCUCCGUCUGGGUUGCCUAGUAACCAAUACUGAGAAUCUCUAUCAAGAAGUCCACGAGCCCUUCCCUGGCCGUCCAUCUCAAGACGAAUACGAAACAAAGGACCAGGGCGAAUACAGCAUAAACAACAAAUCCUCUAAAACCUCGAGAUUUACCUCUUGCCUCACUGAACUCCUCUCCAUCUCACAGGAGCGGCAGAGUAAAACGGGCUUUGAACUGAAAACUCGGCUCGUAAUAACUCACCACCUCCGAAACCACAGCACCUGGUUCCACAAUGCAUGUGGGACAGAAAGUACGCGCAUCUGGCUCCAGCGGAGACUGAACGAUAAAGAUGAUGUGUUCAUGCUUGUCGGAUUUUUUAUCGUCACCGAUGCGAAGCUUAAGACAUUCGAAAAUUACGGGAGAACAGGGAGCGGUAUCGCGAAUGCACCGGCUCUUCCCACGGGAGGCGCCCUCGAACGAUUGAACACGAUGUUGAGCACUGUCACCGCUGUCCAACGCACUAGUGAUCACGAUAUUGGCCGCAUGAGCCUUCUGGAAUCAGCUGGCGAGCAGAUCGUUGGUGUUUGCUACCGUAAGGUCAAGUUCAGAAGAUUAUUCAGUCGAGAUGUCGGCCUACCAUCCCUCGGUGAGAAGACACGAUGGAAAGCGUUGUGGGGAUGGAGGGGACCGAAGGUGAAUGAGGAAGCUAGCGAUGAUGAUGAUGACUAUGGCACUGAUAUUGAGGACGACGAAGAAGAGAGGGGUAUGGGUGACCUGAUUGAGGUGAGCCUCGAAAACGGGAGUAAGUCAGAGUAUGGUGAUCAAGACGUCUCCCCCAAUCAGGGAGAUGACUCAGGGAAGGAUUCAUCACCACCUGAUCAAGCUGUCACUCUAUCACACUCGAUACCAGUCUCUAAAGAGAAUCCGCAAGGCCUCUCUUCAAACCCGGAAGAUAGAACGGAUGCAUCGGACCCAAAUAUCUCCAUCGCCAUAGCCUAG